GUUCGGUAUUGCUGCACCCGCUGAAGGUGUGUCGACCUACCCAAAUCAACCCAAAGAAUACUCGCAUCUCAAAUUUAGUUUACAUUCACAAAUAGUAGUAUCCUGAAGUGCAUUGAUUGGCUGCUGGGUUUUAACGUUAAUCAUAGUUCGUGAGAAGUCGGCCAAGUGGUGUUUGCCUUGUGUUUCGUGAAGGGACAACGAGUGGGUCGUCCUCUUGAAGGGAAGAACAAUAACGAAAAUGCUGAAAACAACAGUUGGACAAAAGAUUAUGCAAGAUGUCAUCCGUUCAAACAGGAAAACAUCAGGAACUGGAGGUGGCACAGAUUGGCGUAUUCUUCUGGUUGAUCAAUUAUCAAUGAGGAUGGUGUCUGCAUGCUGCAAAAUGCAUGAAAUUGCUUCUGAAGGAAUCACAUUGGUAGAAGAUCUAAACAAAAAGCGUGAGCCAUUACCUGCCAUGGAAGCCAUUUAUCUCAUUACUCCUUGUGACAAUUCUGUGAGAGGAUUGAUGAAUGAUUUCCUUUCACCUAGCCGUGCCAAAUACAAAUGUGCCCAUGUUUUCUUUACUGAAGCGUGUGCUGAGGAGUUGUUCAAUGAAGUUUGCAAACAUCCGGUGUCUAAGUUCAUAAAAACUCUGAAGGAAAUCAACAUUGCGUUCCUCCCUUAUGAGUCGCAGGUCUUUUCGUUGGAUAACCGCGAUGCGUUUCAGUACUACUUUAAUCCGCAAAAAUCGCAAGGACGUACAGCGGAGAUGGAACGCACUGCUGAACAGAUAGCAACUCUUUGUGCUACUUUAGGCGAAUAUCCCACCAUUCGCUACAGAGUAGAUUACGAUCGUAAUGCCGAACUUGCCCAACUGGUUCAACAUAAACUCGAUGCCUAUAAAGCUGACGAACCAACCAUGGGAGAAGGGCCAGAGAAAGCACGCUCACAGCUGAUCAUUCUCGAUCGAGGAUUCGAUUGUGUUUCUCCAAUGCUUCAUGAAUUGACGUUGCAGGCUAUGGCGUAUGAUUUGCUUCCUAUUGAAAACGACGUCUACAAAUACGAAAGCACAGCCGGUGGACCGGAGAGGGAAGUAUUACUUGACGAAAAUGACGAUUUGUGGGUUGAAUUGCGUCAUCAGCAUAUAGCGGUCGUCUCGACAAAUGUUACGAAGAAUAUGAAAAAGUUCACGGAAUCAAAGCGAAUGCCAGCAGGCGACAAGUCUUCUAUGAAAGAUCUAUCCCAAAUGAUUAAAAAAAUGCCGCAAUACCAGAAAGAGUUGUCCAAAUAUGGAACCCAUCUUCAUCUUGCGGAGGACUGUAUGAAGUGCUAUCAAGGAAAUGUUGAUAAGUUAUGCAAAGUGGAGCAGGAUCUAGCCAUGGGAACUGAUGCCGAAGGAGAAAAAAUUAAGGAUCACAUGCGCAACAUCGUACCCAUUCUUCUGGACACAAAAGUCAGCAACUUUGACAAAAUUCGGAUCAUUCUACUCUACAUUCUAUCUAAGAAUGGCAUUUCGGAAGAAAAUCUUACCAAACUUAUUCAACAUGCCCAAAUCCCUCCCAACGAGCGUAGCAUAAUAAUUAAUAUGGCUUUGUUAGGUCUAAAUGUUGUAGUCGACGGCAACCGUAAAAAAAUUCACCAGAUCACUCGCAAAGAACGCAUCACAGAGCAAACUUACCAAAUGUCCCGUUGGACUCCCAUAUUAAAAGAUAUCGCCGAAGAUGCUAUCGAAGACAAGUUGGAUCAAAGACAUUUUCCAUUUCUGGCCGGCCGUCCUGCUGCCCCUGUCUCAAGAAAUGCUCCUCCGAGUGCGCGGUAUUGGCACAAGGACAAAUCUCAACAGAAUGUGAGAAAUGUUCCUCGCAUCAUUAUUUUCGUAAUGGGAGGAGCUUCCUAUUCUGAAAUGAGGUCGGCAUAUGAAGUGACGAAUGCCGUCAAGAACUGGGAAGUCAUUGUCGGUUCAACUCACCUUUUGACUCCGGAGAGCUUCCUUAAUGACCUUAAGGAACUGAGUAACGGCAACUGAAACGUUUCACGCUUUUUGGACGAAUAGAAAAAGAAAAUCGCGUAGUACAUCGGUUGUCUCGUGGAAACAAACGUCGUCAAACGUUGUUCAAAAUUUUUUUGUGUUUGUAGCCUUCUUUUGAUGCCCGAUUGUUGUCCUUAAAUCCGUUAUCGACGGAAUUCGUGGUCGUGCCUCGGCGCGCUACGUCUACUCCCAGUUUUCUAUUGGAUCCUUUACGUACUUUCUAAUCCUUAUUAUCGUUACUAUUAAAGCUAGUAUUUAAUUAUUGUAUCACGCAUCAUAUGAGCUUUCCUAGCUUUACAGUAGUUGAGUAUUUGGCAUUUGGAACUGUUUUAUUGAUCAGUCUUUAGAUGUGAUUGCAAACCCGUUUACUGAUUUUCGCAAAAUGUGCAGUCAUACAGUACGUUAGAGUCCUAGUCUAUGACGGCAAAGUGCGGAUGUUUUUUCCCCCAUCAUAACUAGUCGCAUUCACCCCUAUCUAAAGUCGCUUCCUAUUAUCUCACAUUUCGGCGUACGUCUUUGAGCAUUAUUAUUCACAUACAUUCCAUAAAUCCGUGUUCGUUCAACCUUAGUACUUGUCGAAAGGCGUUGUAAUUAGGUGGGUAAUACGUAGACGGAACCUUGGCUCCGAGUUGCUGUAGAUUGGAUCACCUGUUUUAUUAGCAAUGGUUCAUCAAUUGUUGUUUAAAUGAGUCAAACAAAAAACAAAAAAAAAAUCAAAUAAAAAUACAACGUGCUUUCGAAAGUCUA